AUGGCAACAUUGAUGGCGGACGAGGUGAUUCUUCUUAAUUUCUGGCCGAGUAUGUUUGGAAUGAGAACAAUGAUUGCUCUUGAGGAGAAAAAAGUAAACUACGAUUACAAAGAAGAAGAUCUAUCGAACAAGAGCUCCUUGCUCCUCGAGAUGAACCCGGUUCAUAAGAAAAUCCCGGUUCUCAUCCACAAUGGUAAACCGGUAUGUGAAUCUCUCAUCCAGAUCGAGUACAUCGACGAGGUUUGGCCCGGCAAAAACUCUCUCCUUCCCUCUGAUCCUUACGAGAGAGCUCACGCCAAAUUCUGGGCCGAUUUCAUCGAUAAAAAGGUGAAUGUUACGGCGAGGAGGAUUUGGACAGUGAAAGGUGAAGAGCAAGAAGCAUCCAAGGAGUUAAUCGAGAUACUAAAGACGCUAGAAUCCGAGCUUGGAGACAAGGUUUACUUUGGAGGCGAAACGUUCGGGUAUGUGGACAUAGCUCUCAUUGGAUUCUACAGCUGGUUUGGAGUGUACAACAAGUUUGGGAAUGUCAGUAUCGAAUCAGAGUGUCCAAAACUGAUUGAGUGGGCUAAAAGAUGUGCGAAGAGAGAGAGCGUAGCUAAAGCCUUGCCUGAAUCGGAGAAGGUCACUAUGUUCAUUUCCGAGCUAAGGAAGAAACGACUUGGGCUCGAGUAG